GCUGAAAAUAUUUUCAGAAGAAAGUGUUCCUCUAUUUGGGCCUCCCCUUCCAUCCCCACCUGUGUUUACAAAUCAUCAGGAAUUCAGGGAUUUUGUGUUAGUGAAAUUAAUAAAUGGGGAAAAAGCCACUUUGGAAACCCCAACAUUUUCUCAGAAACGUCAACGCACUCUAGACAUGCUGAUCCGUUCGUUGUACCAGGACCUGAUGCCUGAUCUACACAAGAACAUGCUCAAUAGAAGGUCCUUCAGUGAUGUGUUACCAGAGUCCCCAAAAUCAACACGGAAAAAAGAGGAAGCUCGGCAAGCAGAGUUUGUCCGACUUGGUCAG